AUGGCUAAAUGGGUAUUUAAUGGUAGAGAAAGAGAGUCAUUAACAACGGCUAGGAAGUGGACUAAAUUGAUGGACUUCCUUUGGGGAUUUUUGUCUUCUAUUUCAAGAGAUUUGACGUGCGGAGUAGUGAAUCAACUACGUUAUCCUUGUUGCUUCAACAAAUUUGUUGAUGAACUUGAAAAAGAAGGCGACAAUUUGAUUGCCAUAAGAAACACCGUCCAAGACCGUAAAGCACACGCCCAGAAACAAGCGAGAAAGUAUACUGAAGUGGUUGAAAAGUGGCUGAAUGAUGCUAACCAUAAUGUAGAAAAAAUGAAUCAAUUGCUAACAAAGGCAAGAACCAAAAAGACUUGCUGUUUUGGGCUUUGUUCAAAUUGGAUUUGGAGAUACCAGUUAGGAAAGAAGUUAGCAAGUAAAAAAGAGGAGCUUAAAGAAUGCACUGAAAAAGGUAGACCAUAUAUACAAAUUGAACGCACUGCUACGCUUGCUUCCAGUACGCUUGGUUUUCUCUCAGAAAAUUGUUUGAAUUUUGAGAGUAGAAAAUCUGCUAAUGAACAGUUGAUGGAGGCACUGAAAAAUGAUCAGGUUGGCAUCAUUGGAUUGUUUGGGAUGGGUGGUUGUGGUAAAACCACUUUGGCAAUGGAAGUUGGGAGGAUAGCAGAAGCAGAACAUCUCUUUGACAAAGUGCUCUUUGUGCCUGUCUCUAAAACGGUAGAAGUUCGAAGGAUCCAAGAAAAAAUUGCAAGCCAACUUCAGUAUACAUUUCCAGAAAAUGAAGAAAUUGAGAGAGCUCAACGCUUAUCCGAUAGAUUAAAACAAGAAAAAAGGAUUCUUGUGAUUCUAGAUGAUGUGUGGCAGAGGCUUAAUUUUAGAGCCAUAGGGAUUCCCUCUCAUGAAGAUCAUAAAGGUUGUAAGGUUCUCAUCACCACUAGAUUUGAAAAUGUUUGUCAAGGAAUGAAUUGUCAAAGAACAGUUCCAUUACAAAUAUUGAGCAAUGCCGAAGGGUGGAUUCUUUUCCGACAGCAAGCAAAUAUACAUGAAGAAGCUUCCAUUCCCUUGAAAUUGGCAAGAGACAUCUCAGAUGAAUGCAAAGGAUUGCCUGUUGCCAUUGCAGCUGUGGCUGGCUCUUUGAAAGGCAAGGAUGAAGCUGAUUGGAAGGUAGCUUUGAAUAGAUUGAGAAAUUCGAUACCAGUGAACAUCGAAGAAGGUUUGCAAAAUCCUUACAAGUGCCUCCAAUUAAGCUAUGAUUAUUUGGACACUGAAGAAACCAAGUCACUCUUAUUGUUGUGUUCUGCAUACCCUGAUGAUUAUGAAAUACCAGUUGAGGAAUUAAUCAGAUAUGGUAUAGGUCUAGGCUUAAGUGGAGAAGUUGGCUCAUAUGAUGCAAAAAGGAAUGAGGGAACUGCAGCUAUAAAGAAGCUCAUCAGUUCUUGUUUGUUGAUAGCUGUUGAUCCAGGGUAUCAUGUCAAAGUGCAUGACUUAGUUCGUGAUGUAGUCCAAUGGAUUGCGAAGCAUGGGAAUAAAGAUGUGAAUGAAUACACUCCACCAAGAUACCUAUGGUGUGAGGAAUUUCCAAAUGAACUUGACUGUUCCAAUCUUGAAUUCAUAAGGACAGAAACAAACGUGGAAGCAUUGGAUGAAAUAUUCAGAAGAAUGAGAAAACUCAAAGUUUUGAUUCUCGAAUGCAAGUGGUCCCCGAAGCCAAUGUCGAUGAUGUUAUUCAAAUCGUUGACAAAUCUUCGUUAUCUAGCCCUUCAAAACUGGGAAUUACGGGACAUCUCAAUUGCAGAAGAUAAAUGGAAUCUUGAAGGUCUUGCAUUGAUUAGGUGCUCAUUCCCUAGAUUGUUAGACGAUGUUUCAGCUAAAGAAUUGACAAACUUGAAAUUGUUAGAGAUAAAACGUUGUGGGAUGGCAUGGAGUUAUUUUGAAGUGAUCCUGAGACUACCACAACUGGAAGAAUUGUACAUCGUAGACAAUAGAAUAAAUAGUGUUGUUUGCUCUGAAAACUCUGACAAGUUCGUUUUUCCCCAGAGACUGCAACGGUAUGACAUCCGAUUUGGAGGAGACCAUUUGGGUGCAUCUAUUUGCACUCUUGACCGAGCUUUGUUGGUAUAUGAAUUUCACAUGUUGAAUGAAAUUAUCAAGGGCUUUGCCAGAAAAGCAGAGAAUUUGCAUCUGGAUUGGAUGAUGGGAUGUGAGAAAAAUAUCAUCCCUGACAUAUUGGGAACAGAAAGAGGAAGCAUGAAUGGGUUGAAACAGCUUGCGGUGUCUUCUUGCAACCAAAUAGAGUGCUUGGUUGAAAACAACAAGCAGGAGAUAGGCAAUGUCUUUUCCAAUCUGAUUUGCUUAGAAGUUGCAGCUAUGGAGCAGCUAAGAACCCUAUGUCACGGUCAUUUGCCUUUCAGCGGGUCUUUUGAGAAAUUAGAAUGGCUGCAUAUAUAUUUAUGCCCAAAACUAACUUGUUUAUUUGCUCUAAAUGAGGUACAAUUGGAAGAAUUAGAACUAUCAAGAUAUGGUCAGAGUCAAAAUGAAUUCAAGCGCCAGCUUCCUCUGCAAUUCAAUUUCUUCCAAAAUCUUAAAGGAGUUAGGGUAGAUUCUUGUAGAGAAUUGAAAUACUUAUUCUCAAUCUGCAUGGAAGGAGACUUAUCUCAAUUGAAAGAGUCAGAAUUAGAUGAAAUCAUGGAGGACGAGAAGCGUCAACUUUUUUCAAAUCCUCAUUUGGAAUCUAAUCAAUAUCAAAAUUUGCGAGCAAGUACUCCUACUCCACCAACAUCAUCCUUUGCCACCAACCACCGAGGAUUAUUCUCACUGUCAUCGCUUCGAGUACUUCAAAUAUGCUCAUGUCCAAAGUUGGGCUCUUUAUUUACAUCAUCCAUUGCUAAAACCUUGAUCUCGUUAGAAAUAUUGGAAUUAGUUGGAUGUGAUGAAUUGAAAAACUUAAUAGACAUUGACCAUGACCGGGAGAGUUGGGAUGCUGUCUUCCCAAAAUUGAAAGAGCUCACUGUUCUAAUCAUCAAGAAAGCCUCUGAGUUAGAAGAACUGAUCGGAAAAGGUGACGUGACAGGGAAUGUGCAACUUAAGCUUCCAAAGCUGAAUGCUUUGAUAUUUUGGAAAUUGACAAAAUUUCGCCAAGAUAUUGAAUCACAUGUUGAGAUGGAUCGUGUUGUCCAUGAUUGUCCAAAUCUCUCGUUGACUUCAACUGCCAUUCUUGAGGAGCUCUUGCCAAAAAUGAAAGAUGAUGUACAAAGAGAGUUUAAUCUCUCAGACCAGAUACUGCAUUUCUUUUUUCCUACAAGUUCACCGCGUGAGGAGUUUACGUCGGGAGACACUGGCAUUGAAGAUCUGAGCGAAGCCUCUGUAGGAGAUGACCCUAAAUCUCGAAGAGCAUCAGGAAGUGGGUCGCCUUCUUCACAAAGGUCGGAUCCUAUGCCAGAAAACACUUCUCAACUUCAAAUGAACCAAGAAGAUCCAACAACAUCCAUUAAUGAAUUGCCUUCUGCCUCACACAAGUUCUUUGAAUCAGAGAGAGAAAGAAAAAGAAUACCACACUUGCAACAGUUGGAUAAAAAAUUGUCACCCAUUUCCUCCCCAAACUUGAUAGAGUGUAUUAAGGAAGCAGAGACAAUUGGAGAAGUUUUGGCACCAGGGAAACCAACAACAACUACUCCUGUGUACAAAGUACAUUCGCAUUUAAGUUUGGCUUAAACUAGAUUUUUCGAUAGAACGACUAAUUCAUUUCACGUUUGUUUAAUAUGUCAAAUAGGAGUUGGUGGAUGAAGGCACUGAACCUGGUUGCUUGGACCAAAAACAUGCGCUUGGAGAAGCAAUCGUAACAACUGAAAAUGCUCAAACGACUGUCAUAACGCAUGUACAUUAUUAUAAGACAGUGGUCCAUCCAAAACUAUAAUUUUAAAUUAAACAUCUCAAACAUUUUUUUUCCACUUGUGAUGAGCAGAGUAUUAAGGACGAAGGAAAGAAAGGCAUCCAAGACGAGCAAGAAUCGAAUGGAGAUAAAAUAAAAACUUUGUCAACUGAGUCUAUGGACAACGUUUCUAAUGAUAAUGUUGGGGUUCUUCCAGAUACUUCGUUGAUGAUUGCAGAAUUAGGAGCAUAUAAGCACCUUGUUGAUCUUGAUGAUGCACAAUUUGCUUUGCUGGCGGAGGGAAUAACAGUGUAUCCUAAUCUUUGGAAUAUCCGUGAACAGAUCAGUGAGCGCUUGAAAGCUUUGAAGUUGAAAACUUUAGUGGAUAUACUGGCAUUCCUCAAAAACGAGAGUGCAGUCAGUGUUACUCCUCAGAAGGAAAAGGAGUUCUAUAUACUAUGCAAUGAUGCUAUUCAACUUGGAUUUGAGAGGUCAUGGAUUGAUGAAAUGCGUGGACGAGUUGCAGAAAGGGACCCAAAGCUGAGCCAUGCACAGGCACGAAUCAGUGAGCUUCUUAAUAGGCAUGACGAAUUGACUCGAGAACUUUGCAUGAUACAGAAUGAACUCAAGAGUCUUAAUGACUUUGUCGACCAGACAAAAUGUUUCCAUUUUUUGUGAUUUGAAAGUCCUUCUGGUUGUGUGAAUUUUAUAUCUGUCUUAAUGACUGUUCUUUGGGCAAGAGAUUUAACUCUGCUAUGUAGCCUUCUGUGACAAUUAUUAUUAUUAUUAUCCAUUGGCUGGAACAGUUUAG